UCACAGCUCGACCUCCACUCCCCAGCGUCGCCCAUUUAUUUAUUUAUUUGACGAGGCUCGUUCCCGCCUGGCACACGCAGGCGCAAUGCCCCUCAAGCGCCUCGGUCGUUCAGACCGCGGACCGUACCAAGUCCGAGCCGGGUACUGAGGGGCAAAAGCGCCGCAAUCGCUGCGUGGGUGGCGUCGACGACCCGACUCCCGAGAGCCCCCUCUUCCCACCGUGCCCCGGGAAUGGUCCAACUGGCCGCGCAAGCGCCCUAGGCUCCUCACGCCCCUCGCGCUCCCCCUCCCACCCUGCUUUUUUUUCUUUUCUUUUUCUUUCUUCCAUUUCUUUUCUUUCUUUUCUUUUCUUUCUUUUUUUUUCCUCUCGCAACGCAGGCGCAGAGCCCGGGCGUGCAGCCGCCGAGCCCGAGCCGCCGACGCCGCAUCCCUCUCUACCUGCCAACAUCCUGUGUUAGAAGAACUUGUGACUGGAGAGCUGGCCGGGGAGGGACGCUGCCCAGCUGCUGCUCUGCUCCUGUCUCCUGUCUGCUCCCUUGGCCAUGACUGAGACCCGGGAGCCAGCCGAGACUGGAGGCUAUGCCAGCUUGGAAGAAGAUAAUGAAGACCUUUCCCCAGGCCCUGAGCACUCCUCCGACUCUGAAUACACCCUCUCAGAGCCAGACUCUGAAGAGGAGGAAGAUGAGGAGGAGGAGGAAGAGGAGACCACUGAUGACCCUGAAUAUGACCCUGGAUACAAGGUGAAGCAGCGCCUUGGAGGGGGCAGGGGAGGCCCAUCCCGCCGGGCCCCUCGGGCAGCCCAGCCCUCGGGCCCCCCAGCCCAGCCCUGCCAGCUGUGUGGCCGCUCACCACUUGGGGAGGUCCCUCCAGGCACCCCACCUUGCCGGCUCUGCUGCCCGGCCACAGCACCCCAGGAAGCUCCAGCUCCUGAAGGCCAGGCCCUGGGCGAGGAAGAGGAGGAGCUGUCUCGGGCAGGGGAGGGCCGAGCCACGGGGCGGGGGGAGGAGGACGAGGACGAGGAGGAGGGGGGGACCUACCACUGCACCGAGUGUGAGGAUUCCUUCGACAACCUGGGGGAGCUGCACGGCCACUUCAUGCUGCAUGCGCGCGGGGAGGUGUAGGCCGAGCUCCGCCAAGGGGCGGGUGGGAGGAGGGGCGGAGGAGAUCCCAGGUCGCUGGGCUGGGCUCCCCAUCUGUAUUGUCUUAGCAGUAGAUCCAUGAAGGUUGGAAUA